AUGCGUACUGGGGGGUUCGAAUUGAGAAAAUGGGCAAGUAAUCAACCUGAUUUGUUAAGCCAUAUUCCUCCUUCUGAUGUACAAAUGUCUUGUAGCUUUGACAAAGAAGAACCCUCGUUCAUUAAAGUUUUAGGUCUAAAAUGGUGUCCAAAAUCUGACGAGUUUACUUAUUCUUUUAAUCCAGUUGAUCGCCAAUGUACUAAACGGAAUAUACUUUCCGAAAUUAGUAGAAUAUAUGACCCUAUUGGUUUUAUUUCCCCAGUUAUUCUAUUAGCAAAAUGUCUUCUACAAAAACUCUGGGAAUCUAAUAUAUCUUGGGAUGAAACUCCUUCUACAGAAAUAUUGCAGGUCUGGAAUAGGUAUAAAUCCGAACUAUCCCAACUAGCUGGAAUUAGAAUACCUCGACGUGUAAUUUCUGAUAAUAUUUCUUGUAUGGAACUGCACGGUUUCUGUGAUGCUUCCCAAACUGGUUACGCAGCCGUCAUAUAUUUUCGGACUAUCAAUGAUAGUGGUCAAGUCAGUACCUUUUUGGUCACUGCUAAGUGUAAAGUGGCUCCAUUAAAAAUUGUUUCAUUGCCUCGUCUAGAGCUCUGUGCAGCUGUUUUAUUGGCGGAUUUGCUUACUUUUGUUACUACUACUUACGCAGAUUAUCUCUGUUUUAAUUCCAUAUAUGCAUGGUCUGAUUCGACUGUCGUUUUAGCCUGGUUAGCUGCCAGUCCUCAUAAAUGGAAAACUUUUGUAGCUAACAGAGUAAGUCAUAUCCAAGGCAAAGUUUCUAACACUUCCUGGCGUUAUGUUCCGUCCAGUGACAAUCCUGCAGAUUGCGCAUCUCGUGGUUUAACUGCAUCUCAACUCUUAGAACACAAAAUUUGGUGGCGCGGUCCAAACUUUCUUCAACAUUGCAACCGAGAUGUCUGGCCUGCUCAACCUCAUUUAGAAAUGUGUGAAUCUGUCUACAGUGAAGAAAAACAAACAUCUCUCCAUGUUUCAUUAGAAGAAGAUAUCAUAUGCGAUCUGCUACACAAGUUUUCUUCGAUACGUAAAAUUCAAAGAAUUUUAGCCUAUGUUUUAAGAUUUUUCCUUAAAUCUAAAGAUUCACUGCAAAGUAAAACCUCUUUUAUUUCAUCUUCUGAAAUGCGUAAAUCAUUGAUUUAUAUUAUUCGACAUGUUCAACGAAAGACCUUUUCAGACAUUAUAGAUAAAAUUCUAUCAAAUGCUUUACUUCCUAAACCUUUUCGGAAACUCGCACCUUUCUUGGACUCGGAAGGUCUUGUCAGGGUGGGUGGCAGACUUAAUAAUAGCAACUUCACUUACGAUGUAAAACACCCUAUAUUAUUGCCUAAAUCACACAGACUUACUGAUUUGAUUAUUGAGUGGAUUCAUCAAGCAAACCUUCACCCAGGUUUAAAGACAUUGCACUGUUUAAUCCUUCAACAAUUUUGGAUACAUCUCCACGAAGUUCUAUAUACAAAUGUUUAA